AUGGCUGAUUUCAACACUUCCCAAGUGAUGGGUGUAACAUUCGAAAUUACGACCAGGUAUACGGAACCGCAGGCGGUUGAACUGGAUGCCGCUGGUCUUAUAUGGUAUCAAGAAGAUAAUACGAUUAACAUGGUCCCUCUUAGCUCCGCAGAGGACCAAAUCUUGCAUAGCGUGGUCGCGGUGAGGAAAGUGACAAAGCCCUUUGGUUCAUCUAUCCUGGCAAAGCGGGCGCUUCGUGAAAUUAAGUUACUUCGAUAUCUGCGACACGAAAAUAUUGUUGGCUUGAAUGAUCUUUUUAUAUCUCCAGCAGAGGACCUGUACAUUGUCACAGAACUCAUGUGGACAAACUUGCAAAGGCUUAUUGACCGAGGCCCAAUGGAAGAUGCCUUUGCAAAAUACUUUUUGUACCAAAUACUGCGAGGACUCAAAUAUGUCCAUUCUGCAGGCAUCAUCCAUCGUGAUCUUAAGCCAAGCAGUAUUUUAAUUAAUGAAAACUGUGACUUGAAAAUAAGUGGUUUUGAACAUGCACGACUACAGGGGCCCCAGAUGACCGGCUAUGUUGUGACCAGACUUUACCGAGCGCCCGAGAUCAUGCUCACCUGGCAGAAGUACUCAGCCAAGGUAGAUGUCUGGAGCUCAGCCUGCAUAUUCGCUGAAAUGCUACAAGGAAAGCCACUUUUCCCCGCUAGUAAUCAUGCCGAUCAGUUCAAUCAAAUUGUGAAACUUUUGGGCAAUCCGCCCGUGUGGAUCGUGGAUAUGAUUACGAAUUCCAAUACAAGAGGAUUUGUUGAUUCUUUGCCAAAGUGUCAGCGGAGGGACUUUGCAGAUGCUUUCCCCAGCUUUUCCCAGCAAGCAAAUGAUUUACUCGAAAGAAUGCUAGUAUUUGACGUGAACGAGAGGAUUAACGCCAGGGAUGCACUUUCACACCCAUAUCUGAAAUUAUACCAUGACCCGGCCGAUGAGCCAGUCGUCAAGGAAACGUUCGAUUGGUCCUUUAACCAGGCUCAUAACUCCAUUGAGACAUGGAAGCGCGUUGUAUAUAAGGAAGUCUGGAAAUUCCGAACAUUGGAAGUCAAGAACGGGCUCGCGAUGAACAUGAGCAUGAAAACGAAAGAGGAAACCGUUCCUAUCAACAUUGUUUCAACAUCGGAUGCCGAUGGAAAUUCCUUGACGGGAGUGGACGACUUUGAUGAGAUAUUAUCUUCAUUUUGUCAAAACUUUGACGCGGGCGACAUGGCUGCACAGUAUCCAACCGCAGAAAGCAUUACUGGAUCCUCUUAA